UUGGUAAUGGAGAGAGAUUGCUUUGCUGUCUGCAGAUGACCGUAUUGCAGGGCUGAGCUGUGCGGGCACUGACAAGGAGAUUCCUCCUCCAAGACUCUGGAUCCGGACGCUGGGUUGCAUCUGAACGCACAAAGCAUACCUCCCCCCCUUUCCCCCCCCUCUCUUCUCCCCACCCUUUCCCCUUCUCCUUCCAUCCUCUUUCCCCAGUUUUUUGUGGAUGCACUGCAGCUCCUCAAAGAGGAUCAGGAGCCUCCAAUUUGGUUUCCAGACCGAGGCAGCCCCUCUCCCUGCUUGCAUCUUUCUCUCUGCCCUCACCCCCCUUGGCUUCAUUUAUGCUUCUCCGUUGAGCGGAGGGAGGCUGUUGAGCAAAAUCUAUGCCCCGUUAAGUCCGGAGGACAAAUCUGCCAGGCUGCGAUGGGGAAAUCAAACAGCAAGUUGAAGCCCGAAGUUGUAGAAGAGCUGACCAGGAAGACGUACUUUACGGAGAAAGAGGUCCAGCAGUGGUACAAAGGCUUUAUCAAGGACUGUCCCAGUGGGCAGCUGGAUGCGGCCGGCUUCCAAAAAAUCUACAAGCAGUUCUUUCCCUUUGGGGACCCGACCAAGUUCGCCACCUUCGUCUUCAACGUCUUCGACGAAAACAAAGAUGGCAGGAUCGAGUUUUCCGAGUUUAUCCAGGCCCUGUCUGUCACCUCCCGAGGAACCUUGGAUGAGAAACUGCGGUGGGCCUUUAAACUGUACGACCUCGACAAUGAUGGGUACAUCACCAGGAACGAGAUGUUGGACAUUGUAGAUGCUAUUUACCAGAUGGUGGGCAACACUGUGGAGCUUCCUGAAGAGGAAAACACGCCAGAGAAGAGGGUGGACCGGAUUUUUGCCAUGAUGGACAAAAACGCCGACGGGAAACUCACCCUGCAAGAAUUCCAAGAGGGCUCCAAGGCUGACCCUUCCAUCGUUCAGGCGCUCUCCCUCUACGACGGACUCGUAUAGUCCACAGUCCUACGCUUUGACAUACCUGAGGGACCCCCCUUCUAGUGCCAUCAACACCCCCCCUCCGACCAGACUCUCGCUGACGUACGCCGGCCCUUCACGUUCAACGCAAACGAGGGGUGCGCUUGGAGUGUGACGUCAACCAAACCACUUUGCGCUCGAAAACCAACUUGUCUCCAUUUGCCAACGUCUGCAUUUAACGACGACGAGAAACGGGGAGGGGAGGAGGGGAAGAAGAAGAAAAGACCUUUUCAUUUCCUCGAGGCCACGAAGAAUCCUCUCGCACAUUAAUUUUUGUCUGUUUGUUUUGAAUGAACUGAGAACACGUGCCGUUUGACAUCUCUCUCACUGUGGGGGGAAAAAUGUGUAGACUGGUGAUCUAGGUCCUGUUAAGGCAUGUCUGGCUGCUGUUGGACUGAGUCGGAACUGUCAGGGUGGAUGACUUAAUUGCAACUAGCUUUUGCUUUUAAAACCGGGGGGAGGUGUAUUUUGGGGGGGGGGGUUGAAAAAGAAAAAAAAUCCACUUGAAAUCGAUGUUCCACAUCAUCAUUUGGGUCCGUACUCAGUUGCAUUGCGACAUGCCCACCCGCGCACAUGGGGCUUAUUUUUGUGUGUGUGUGUGACACGGUGCGCUCUCUGCUCAUUUGUGUGUUUGUGCAUGUUGAGAAAGCGAGGCGCUUUUCCUUUCCUUGUUUUUGUUUCAGUUGCCUCUAAAUGAUCGGUACCUAUUUAUUUGUCGGGUUCCGCCCCCCACCCAUCCCCAAUGUUGCUGCUGUGAACAUUUUUCAGUCUCGUGUCUUACCGGAAAGGAAGCGACGGCGCGAAAAAGCUGAUGCUAGUAAGGUUUACAUGCUGCUUGGGUGCUGUCACUCACAGAAGAAAUUUAAGCCAAAAAAAGGAGAGAAGAAAAUAUCCCCCCCUCCCAAAAACGUAUAAAUGUCUGCUCUGCUGCCCAGCUGAAGCAGAAGGGGGUCAACAUGUCCCCUUCUCUUGGCUGCGUUUUGCCUCUUCGUUCCUCCAUCUUCUGUAGUCCCUCUGGCGACAGGCACAAUCCGAAGCAUCGACGGGACUGUCGGCUGGGCCCCUGUGGUGUCCGCUGCUCCCUCCUCCUCAAAUGCUGUUCUUCUCCUUCCCCCCUUUUCUGUAUUUCUUUAUUCCCCUCCCAUCCUCCUGUGUUCAUUUUGCCGAUGUUGUAAAAGAGGAGUGAUGAAAUAAUCCUGUACCCAACGUUUCUCUUUCUGCAUGAAUCAAAAAAAAAAAAAGUGUUAAUGCGGCCAAUAACGUUGGAGCUUUAAAAACAAAACAAAACACAAUUCUUCUUUCAGAAAGGUAGAAAAAAAAAUGGUUCAGAUGUUGUUUGUUGGUGGACUUUUGGAUUCUUACCGACAGCCGGGCUCACCAGGUCAUUCUGCGACGCGUUUCUCAUUCCAUCAGCUUGGCUUUUGCUCCAGGCCUUGAAACUAAGGCUCCGUCCGCACUGUCCAUUGAAAGCAGUAUUAUAUCACUUCCCAAUAGGGUACCUGAAGGUGUACCCCUGAAUCAGCCAGCCAACGCUUUCAGAUCAGCAGAGAAGGCCCUACUGCAGGGACACAUCUGCCCCGUACGUUUAAAGCACUACGAUACCACUUUAAACGGUCACAGCUUCUCCCCCAAAGAAUUCUGGGAACUGGAGUUUGCAAAGGGUGCUGAGGGUUGUUAGGAGACCCCCUGCUCCUCUCACACAGCUACAGUUCCCAGAGUUCCCUGGGAAGAGGGACUGACUGUUAAACCAGUCUCUUGCAUGCAAUACGGAAUGCUCCUUUGAGCAAAGAUGACAGACCUGGGGGACUUCAAGGUGUCACUAGACUCCCGACUCCCAAUAUCACUGACCAUUGGCCAUGCUGGCUGGGGCUGACAGGUGUUGGAGUCUUAACAUCAUCUGAAGGCGCCAGCGGUUGCCCUUCCUUGGGCUACAUGUUUACCAAGGCUAAAUUUCCAAACUUCAGCCUUGGAACUUCCCACUGUUGCUCCUGUGCAGUUCAGAAUUUUGCCCUUGCCAGGGAGCUGUCCAGUGGGUCAGCAAUCACGUUGUUCUAGACAGCAGGGGAGCUCUCCAACAAAGGUACCGUAAGGGAGCCCAGAAAUGUUGCUUCAGCACUGGCUAACCUCAAACAGAGCAACUUUAUAGCUGGCUGUGUUAGCCCCCGGGGGAGGGGAUCCAGUGCUAGCUUUACUCAGAGUAGACCCAUUGAAAUUGAUGGACUUUUAUUUAUUUAACAAAAUCUAUAUACCACUUGAUUGUAGAAAACCUCUCAGCGGGUUAUGGGGAAAAAACAUUAAAAUGAUCAAACAAGUAACA